UAUAUUGAGCAGUUUAUUUAGGAAAAAGUUGCUUCCUAAAUCCUACUUAAUGAUCACUACAAGACCCACUGCUCUGGAGAAACUCCAACACUGUAUGGCGUGUUCACGUUAUGCAGAGAUACUGGGAUUUUCUGAAGAUGACAGGAAGGAAUAUUUCCACAAGUUCCUUUGGAAAUAAUAUUGAUGCAACAAGAGCCUUUGAUUUUGUGAAACAAAAUGAGAUGCUUUUCACCAUGUGCUUUGUCCCCAUUGUGUGUUGGAUCAUCUGCACUGUUAUGAAACAACAGCUGGAGGCAGGUAAAGAUUUUGCACAAAAUUCAAAAACACUCACUGCUGUGUAUAUGCUUUUCUUAUACAGUUUAUUAGAGCCACACAGCCACAGAGAAAACCAAAACAUUCACGAUAAUCUGAAGAAACUUUGUUCCUUGGCUGCAGAUGGAAUUUGGAAACAGAAAAUACUGUUUGGGGAGGAAGAAAUAAAGGAGUACAGUUUAGAUGAAUUCUACUCUCUCCCCCUCUUUCUUAAUGAGAGUGUUUUUAAAAGGGACAUCGAUUGUGUAAGUGUCUACAGCUUCAUUCACUUAAGCUUUCAAGAGUUUUUCGCUGCUUUGUUUUAUGUACUGGAGGAAGAUGAACAAAUGAAAUGUUCAGUGACUCCUAACAGAGAUGCAAAACUGUUAUUAGAAUACUAUGGAAAAUCUGGAAAUUAUUUAAUGUUAACAGUGCGAUUUCUGUUUGGUCUCUUAAAUGAAGAGACAAUGAAGGACGUCAAGAAAAAAAUUGGCUUGAAGAUUUCACCUAAAAUAAAGCCAGAUUUACUGAAAUGGGUAAAAACAAAACAAAAAAAAUUGUCAUUUUCCUCUUCGCAUGAUGAGCUGAUUUACAAGCUUGAAGAAUUUCAUUGUUUGUAUGAGAUCCAAGAAGAAAGUUUUGUGAAAAGUGCUUUGGAUCAUUUCACUGAAAUAGAUAUAAGUAAUUACUCUUUAACCCAAAUGGAUCAAAUGGUUAUUUCAUUCUUUGUAAAGAGUUGUCCUACACUGAAGUCACUUUGGCUCUCUGGAUGUAGAUUUGGAGUUGAAGACAAGAAUGAAGAAUUAGCCCCACCACCAGCUAAGCAGUUAUGUCUGAGAGAACAGGCUGAGCCAAAUAAUUCACCUGUCUACCUGCUGUGUCAAGCACUGAAGGAUCCAAACUGCAAAUUAAAGAAACUGAAGUUAGAGAUGUGCAGUCUCACAGUUGCUUGUUAUAGGGACCUGUCCUCUGCUCUCAGCAUUAAUCAGACCCUGAGAGAGCUGGACCUGAGCUAUAAUGACCAGGGAAACCGAGCAGUGCCGGACCUAUGUAAGGGACUAAAACAUCCAAACUGCAAACUGCAAACACUCAGGUUGGAGAGUUGUGGUCUCACAAUUGGUGGUUGUGGGUCUCUCUCCCACAUGCUCCGUACCAACCAGACCCUCUCAGAACUGGAGCUGAAGUGGAAUCGACUGGGAGAUUCAGGAGUGAAACUGCUGUGUGAAGGGCUAAAAUGUCAAAAUAGCAGAUUGCAAAAAAUAGUAUUGUGGGGUUGCGAACUUACAGCUGAUUGCUGUGAGGAGCUCUCUUCUGUUCUUGCUACAAGAAAGACCCUGACUGAGGUUAACCUGAAUUUAAAUGAACUGGGCGAUUCUGGUGUGAGGCGGCUGUGUACGGGGCUGAAACAUCCAGACUGCAAACUGCAGAAAUUGUGGUUAGAUAAGUGUGGUCUCACAGCCAAUUGUUGUGGAGUGCUCUCCUCUGUUCUCAGCACCAGCCAGACUUUGAUAGAACUGAGCCUGAACUUGAAUAAACUGGGCGAUUCAGGAGUGAAGCAAUUGUGUAAGGGACUGAAACAUCCAGACUGUAAACUGCAGACACUGGGUUUGUUUAGCUGUGAUCUCACAGCUGAUUGUUGCAGGGAUCUCUCUUCUGCGCUUGGUAUGAAUCAGGUCCUAACAGAGCUGGACCUGAAGUGGAAUCGCCAACUGGGAGAUACAGGAGUGAAGGUGCUUUGUGACAGACUGAAACAUCCAAGCUGCAGACUUAAGAAAAUAAGAUUUUCUUGGUGCAAUCUUACAGCUGAUUGUUGUAGCGAUCUCUCCACUGUUCUCAGUACAAAUCAGAUCCUGACAGAGCUGGACCUCGGGGAGAACAACCUGGGAUAUCCAGGUGUGAAGCUGCUGUGUGAAAACCUGAAAUACCAAAAUUGCAAGCUCAGGAAAAUAAGGUUGCGCUAUAGCAAUAUGAGUGAAGAAAUGAGGAGAGAGCUGAGUGCUGUGGAAACAAUGAACCCUCAUCUGGUCAUACAGUUAUAAUGUUGUGCAGCCCAAGAAGGGCAAUAGUUAACUUAUCUUCAGGGUGUUAAGGAUUGUUUCCACUGGGUGGAGCAAUUGAUAAUAUGGGAAGUAUACUGCAAUCUUGUUUGUUUAAAAAAAUAAAAAAGGCAGAGUUUUCUUUGCCUGAUCACGGUAAGAGAAAAACAGAAUGCAGUUCCUUGCUAGGAAAUCCCCAAGUCUGCUAUGUAGGGACUUAUGCCCAAGAAGCCCUCUCUCUUUGAUUCCUCUCAGGGUCGUGUUCACAACUUCUGCUGGCUUGCUCACUCCAACACACACAACCUGCAGGCAGUAUCCUACUCCCUGCAUUUGUGUGGUUUUUUCCCCAUAGGUUUUAUUUUUUUCCUGCCUUAUUUUUAAAAUAGAAAUUCAGGUUUUUGGAGACUGUGCAGCUGCAUCUACUCUAAGAUGUUACAUGAUACUUCCGUAAUGUGAUGCUCAAAGCAGUGCCUCUCCAUCACUGGCAGCAACGGUGGGAGUGGUAAAUCAUCACAUUAGUUAAGCACUGAUUUGGACAAAGUGUGGUCAACUAUACCUUCCUUCACUACUACUGCCCCAAGGCACUGAGAGAUAUACCGGCUGCUCCAAUCCCCAGAAGAGUGCGUAGCACGCGACUGGAUCAGUGUAUGAGUGGCUCAGUCUGCUGUGGAGGAGGACGAUGACUUCCCUGAUGACUUUUAGCCCAGUGGUUAGGAUACCCACCUGGGAUGGGGGAGAGCUCCAGUUCAGGUCCCCUUCUCCCCCUCACGUGGAGAGGGAUUUAAACAAGGAUCUUCCACCUUUUAGGGGAGCGUUCUAGCCACUGGACUAUGGGACAAUCUCAGAAGGGGCUCCCUCAGUCUUUCCUGUUGAAGUUGUUCCACGUUAAGUAAAUAAUUAAAUAUUAGGUGAGCCCAGAGAAAGAGUUAGAAUAUUUCUAUGCAUAUGCAUACUGGUUAGGGGCACUCACCCGAGAAAGGGCUGAUCCCUUUUCAAAUGCCUUCUGCCUGUCAGGUGGAAGGGGGACUAUGAACUGGAGGUCCUCCACAUGCGGAUGAGUACCCUAUCCUCUAGGCUAAUGGCUUGGGCAGGGGGUGGUGUGCCUCCUCUUGGUUUUGUUUCAGCCUCCGCAUGUGACAGUGGCCAAACACCUAGCUUCUCCCAGUUCACAGAUCACAAGCAGAGAAGUCCAGACUACAGGGAGACACCUAAGUGCCUAUCUCCGAGAGAGAGGCAAGUCUUAGCUCACAACCCUCUUGUAAGCAUCUCCCAUUGGCUAGCGUAAGUGCCUCACCCCUGGCAAUGCUGGUUUUGUGGAACGCAGUCUAAGGCACCUCUCUCCUCCCCCUUCAUUGUAUUGGGAGCCUAGGUGCCGAACUCAGGCUUUGUGGAUCACAGUGUUGUUCCUGUGAUUUUUCUAGGCACCACAGUGCUCAGUGUCUGUGUCCAUUCAUGGAUCCCACCCCUGGCUACUGAAAAUGAAUGAAUAACAAAACCCAGUCCAAAUGCUCACAGUGGCCAGUUGGAGUAGGGCCGGGCUCACAGGGAGCCUGAUGCUGAGAAAAGCUGAUCAUGUGCAAUUCCAGUUAAAGUCAAGAUUAAUCCCAAAUUGGGGCCCUAAUUUACUGGCAUUUCUCACUUACUGGCAUUAAAUGAUUUAGGGCUAUAGUUUAAAAAAAUAGCAGCAGUUCCUGUUGUUCUUAACAGGAGCUAGAAGCUAAACACCUUGAAAAUCUGGCUGGGUAGGUGUUUAAAAGGGAGCUGUUGGGUGCUGAGAUAGCCCUAAAUCUUUAGUGAGAUUGAAUGUAGACAACCUCACUGUAGCAAAUUUUUUUGGUUCUGUGUUUUCUGUUAGUUUACUCUGAAUCAAUAGAAACAGAUUUAUUCACAAAGCUUUAUCAUUUGCAAAGCAACGCGUUACUUAGUUGAAGGCUAUUCUGUUCACCCCAUUGCACUAAACCAAUGUUAAAACAAGAGGUCCUGGUUAUUUAUAGAUCACCUGAUUUAGCUUUCACUGGGAAAGUCAAUGGGAGUUGGAUCAGGCCCUCCAUGAAGAAAUAUGGUCCUGCUGCAAUUAUUCUCCCUACCUAAUAACAAAGUGAACUAUGCACACUGGACGGAAAUGCAGAGAGCUUCAUUUAUUUUAAUAGGGUAGCUACAGUUGCUUUGGGAUCUUAAGGGAAGAGAUGAUCGUGAUCAUCUCUAUAGCUUACACUGUCCUGAGUUUAAUUUUGGAAACAUCUUCCUCUGUCAUUGUUUUUCUUUCCUGUGCUAUUUUGUUUAUGGAUUUUAUAUUAUUAAUAGUCAUUUUUUAAAAGUUUAACUACUAAACACUUGAAACAAGAUGAAUAAAUUAUGAUUGCUUGUCA